AUGGUCUCCACUACUAUCAACUUCUCCGGCCUCAUGUGCCUUGUCCUUGCUCUCGGUCCCGCUAGCGUCCUCUCUGCUCCCCAGCUGCCUGCUCUCCCAUUCCCCGAGAUCAUGAACCCCAGCCCCGAAACCAACAGCGAGGAGCCGGGCAACAGCGAGACCUCCGCUGGCAGCGGCAUCAAUGGCCAUAUCCCUGGCGGUCCCUGGGGAAAUCUAGGCGCCGGGUUCCACGAUAUCCACCGCGGACCCUGCGGCCCUGGCUCAGGUGAUGACUUCAUUGCCGGCGCUGGUAUGUCCGGUAGUAUCCCCGGCGGUCCCAGUGGCAGCCUCGGCAAUGGCGUGCACCACCACGAAGACGACUACCCGUGCCCUGAGCCCCCUGCGUCAGUUGACGUGCCUGUCACUACCCCCAGCCUUCCUGUCCCAGUUGUCGUGCCUUUCACUACUCCCAGUCCUCCUGCUAUUGUUGCUGUGCCUACUACCACCGCCAACGCUGCCACGGAGAGUGUUACUCCUAACUGGACUGCCAUCACUGCCAUCCUUCCUCCCACCUUCACCACGCCAAUCUCAGUCCCCCUCACCACCGCCCCAGCCGCAUGGGCACCCGCUGUCUCCAGCAUGUACUCCACUCCUCUGAUCCACCAGGCCGCACCCACCGCAUCGGCCUCUCCUUCUGCCAUUGCAUCCAAGCCUGUCUUCAACGCUGGCUCACCCCUGGUUCCCGGAUCAGUCCUCGCACUUGCUCCUCUCGUCGUGCUGGCUUUCUUCCAGUAA